CGUAGCGGCUGCCUGUACAGUAAGGACCCAAUAUGGCAGCGGCGGUAGCAGUGGCAACGGCAGCAGGAGGACCGGCCGCCUCAUAGACCCCCCCGCGCACUACCCCCGCCGCUUCCUCUGUUUGGGUGCUCCUCCGGCCUGACUUCCCCUUUCUCCCACCUUUCCCGGCACCGCGGGAAAAGCAGCGCAGGGCAGAGCAGGCAGGGAGGGCGGCCGGAGCCCGGACACGGGAACCUCCCAGUCAGUUCAAGACCCGACAUGAGGGAAAAGGGCCGUAGGAAGAAGGGCAGGACCUGGGCGGAGGCCGCCAAGACGGAAUGGAGGCGCUCAGCGGAAGAGGGUCGCUGCGGGGCUGCCGCUUCUCCCUGCGUCUGCGACGAGUCCUCCCGGUGUUUCGAAGCUGCUUCUUGGGGUCACGUCGCUCUCACCCCCACUCUGUGGGAGCCCCCGCCCCGGCAUGGGGAAGUCUGUUGUGCUUGCACAGUAACCGGUUCUUCUCCCUUGUGCGGCUGAAGAGCCCCCAUUGGAUGCAGAUAGGAAAAGGCUUGUGCGUGCACCCAGCCCCGGAAAGAAGAGGGGAGCGCUGGAGCUUGGUAGAAUUUACCGCUAGAGCCGACCUGUCGCCUGUCCCCGGGGCCCUCUGCUAGUCUGGGCUCCCGGAUCCGACGUGAGGUCACGAGGCUCUUGUUUUUGUUUGCUGUUGGAGCUGAAAGUGCAGGAGGUGUUUAGAAACGAAGUAACAGGUCUUGGAAAAAUACCCCAAUACACCCAUGAGUCAUAAAGAAAUUCUUCAAGUUAUCCAGAGAGAAGGACUAAAAGAAAUUAGUGGGACUUCCCCUCUUGCAUGCCUGAAUGCAAUGCUGCACACGAAUUCCCGAGGUGAAGAGGGCAUCUUCUAUAAGGUUCCAGGUAGAAUGGGAGUAUACACUUUGAAGAAAGAUGUGCCGGAUGGGGUGAAAGAGCUAUCAGAAGGUUCAGAAGAAAGCAGUGAUGGUCAGUCAGAUUCCCAGAGUUCUGAGAACAGCAGCAGCAGCAGUGAUGGUGGCAGCAACAAGGAGGGAAAAAAGAGCAGGUGGAAGAGGAAAGUAUCGUCUAGACUGUCACAGCCAUCCUCUCCCCAGUCAGGCUGCCCAUCACCCACCAUUCCAGCAGGUAAAGUCAUUUCUCCAUCACAGAAGCACAGCAAGAAGGCACUAAAACAGGCUCUAAAACAGCAACAGCAGAAGAAGCAGCAGCAGCAAUGCAGGCCAAGCAUGUCCAUCUCCAACCAGCAUCUCUCUCUGAAGACUGUCAAAGCAGCCAGUGACUCUGUACCUGCCAAACCUGCAAUAUGGGAAGGAAAGCAAUCUGAUGGUCAGUCAAGCAGCCCUCAGAACUCAAACUCCAGCUUUUCUUCUUCAGUUAAAGUGGAAAAUCCUUUGCUAGGCUUGGGGAAGAAGUCAUUCCAGAGGUCUGACAGGCUCCACACAAGGCAAAUGAAAAGGACUAAAUGUGCUGAAAUUGAUGUUGAGACACCAGACUCCAUUCUGGUUAAUACAAAUCUACGAGCGCUGAUCAACAAACACACUUUUUCAGUCCUUCCUGGAGAUUGCCAACAGCGACUGCUUUUACUACUUCCAGAGGUGGAUCGACAGGUUGGUCCAGAUGGUCUGAUGAAGUUAAAUGGCUCAGCCCUUAACAAUGAGUUCUUCACUUCAGCAGCCCAAGGCUGGAAGGAAAGACUCUCAGAAGGUGAAUUUACACCUGAGAUGCAGGUGAGAAUUCGACAAGAGAUUGAGAAGGAGAAAAAAGUGGAGCCAUGGAAAGAACAAUUCUUUGAAAGCUACUAUGGUCAGAGUUCUGGUCUGAGCCUUGAGGAUUCAAAGAAAUUAACAGCUUCACCCAGUGAUCCCAAAGUAAAGAAAACCCCAGCUGAGCAAUCAAAAUCCAUGCUUCCUUCAGAGGCCUCUCCUCUCAGUAUAGUCCCAGUAAUUCCCCAGUUAGAGUCUAAAGAAGAAGUAGUACAAAUGCCAUCACCAGUCAGAAAAGAGGAGCAUGAAAGCCAAGAUAAGGUGCAGCCAAACUCCAAAUCCACAGAGCCCCUACUUUCCCCAGCUAGCGAUGCAGAUGAGCUUAACAGUGUUAUUUCCAUCAAGUGCCCAAAGGAUGAGGAUCAGUUGGAGCAGAAGCCAGUUGCCUCUGCUGAACAGGAGUCUGAGAAAGAGAAUCAUCUCACUGCAGCUUCUAAUUGUAACAAAAAUGAAAGCCAGGAAGCUCUAGUUACAUCCCAGAGCAAAUCCAAGAGUCCUGGGAUGGAAAAACCGAUGAUGAAGCCCAUAGUAGAAGCAGGUCCACAGGAGACCACUAUGCAAGAGCCUCCAUCAGCUCUGGUUGACCACAGCCCAGAAAGCCUCAAGAGGAAAGCUUCUCUCACCCAAGAAGAGGCCGCUACAAGCUGGGAGAAAAGGCCACGUGUCACUGAGACUCGCCAGCACCAGCAGCCAUUUCAAGUCUCUCCACAGCCCUUUCUCAAUAGAGGGGACAGGAUCCAGGUGCGAAAAGUACCACCUCUCAAGAUCCCGGUCUCCAGAAUCUCCCCCAUGCCGUUUCCUACAUCGCAGGUCUCUCCCAGGGCUCGUUUUCCAGUCUCCAUCACUAGUCCUAACAGAACAGGAGCCAGAACUCUUGCAGACAUCAAAGCAAAAGCCCAGCUGGUCAAAGCACAGAGGGCAGCAGCUGCCGCUGCAGCCGCAGCUGCUGCAGCCGCCUCAGUUGGAGGGACCAUUCCAGGACCUGGCCCAGGGGGUGGACAAGGUCCAGGAGAGGGUGGUGAAAGGAAAACUGCUAGAGGAGGGAGUCCAAACUCAGAGAGAGUCGGUGAAACUGGAAAGGGCCUCACACUGGAACUGGCAGGAACUGGAAGCAGGGGAGGUACGAGAGAGCUUUUACCCUGUGGUCCAGACACUCAGCCCCAAUCUGAGACCAAGACCCCAGGCCAGGCACAGCCUCAUCGUGUCUCUGGAGCACAACUACAGCAAACCCCCUCAGUGCCUCCAACAUCUGCCAUUAGUGGAGCAUGCACAAGUGUCCCCUCACCAGCCCACACUAACGCACCCCCACCAGCUUUAGUGAAAUUGAAUAAUGAAAAACUGAAUCUCACCAGAGCAACAGCCACAGUGGCCUCUCUAAGCCACCCACAAGGGCCCAGUAAUUGCUGGCAGGAGAAAGCACCUUCUACUCCAGCAGAUCCUGCUCAUUUUACUGCUGAUGGCACAAUUGAGCCCAAAGCAGGUUCUGCUAAGAAUACACCAAACCCUUCAGCCUCAGCAGAAACAAAUGCUAGUGCUUCAGUGGAUAUGACUCCCUCCCCUUUAACAUCUUUAUUAACAACAGCCACUUUAGAAAAGCUUCCUGUACCCCAGGUCAGUGUAACUGUAGCACCUACUGGAUCAGCUCCAUCCUUGAGCACUUUGCCAGCAGCUUCUAGCCUUAAAAUUCCAGGAAUUUCUUCAAAUAUGAAUGGACCCAUUUCAAGGCCAAGCUCUAGUAUCCCUGCUAAUAAUCCUCUGGUCACUCAGCUACUCCAGGGCAAAGAUGUUCCUAUGGAGCAAAUUCUGCCUAAACCUCUCACCAAAGUUGAAAUGAAAACUGUUCCACUGACUGCAAAAGAGGAAAAGGGGAUAGUAUCUCUCACGGGCACCAACAUAACAGAAAAUAGCACCAGAGAGGAAGUUAAUGAGAGGCAGUCUCAUCUAGCUGUACAGCAAUUGGGUAAAACCUUGCAGAAUAAGCAGCUCCCCCAGGUUCCAAGACCCCUUCAGCUCUUUUCAGGUAAGGAUCUAAGGGACUCGAGCAUUGACACACACCAAUACCAGGAAGGACUAAGUAAAGCAACCCAAGAUCAGAUCCUUCAGACUCUCAUUCAAAGGGUUCGGAGGCAAAAUGUUCCCUCAUUUGUGCAGCCCUCCCAGUUCAACUUCACUCACUCAGGUUUCCAGCUAGAAGACAUCUCCACAAGCCAGAGGUUCAUGCUGGGUUUUGCUGGCAGAAGGACAUCGAAGCCUGCAAUGGCAGGUCACUACUUACUUAACAUUUCCACCUAUGGCCGGGGUUCAGAGAGCUUUAGGAGGACCCAUUCUGUAAACCCUGAAGACCGUUUUUGUCUAAGUAGCCCCACUGAGGCCUUGAAAAUGGGAUAUACAGACUGUAAAAAUGCAACAGGAGAUAGUAGCAGCAGCAAAGAAGAUGACACUGAUGAGGAAAGUACUGGUGAUGAGCAAGAACCUAUCAUGGUGAAGGAGGAGCCCCAGGCUUCCCAGAGUUCUGGCAAGUGUGAAUCAAGUUCAGGACCCCACAAUAGAGAAGCCCUAUCCACCGAUGAUUGUUUAGCUAAAAAGAAUCUGAAGGGAGAGACACCAGUGCAUGAGCAAACUACUUUAAUCAAGGAGAAUUACCUGUUCACUAGAGGCCAAACAUUUGAUGAAAAGACCCUAGCCAGAGAUUUUAUUCAGGCAGCGCAGAAGCAGAUGGCUCACGCGGUAAGAGGUAAGACAAUGCGUAGCAGCCCUGAGCUUUUCAAUUCUACGGCCCUCCCUCUCCCUGCAGACAGUCCCACCCAUCAGUCUCUCCUCUUUCCACCACUGCAAACCCCAAAGCUGUAUGGAAGCCCCACACAGAUUGGGCCGAGCUACAGAGGCAUGAUCAAUGUCUCCACCUCAUCUGACAUGGACCAUAACUCUGCUGUACCAGGGAUGCCUGAUUAUAGCCAGGUAUCUAGUAACAUAGGUGAUGUCAUGUCCUUUUCAGUGACUGUCACUACCAUCCCUGCUAGCCAAGCUAUGAACCCCAGCAGCCAUGGCCAGACCAUUCCUGUUCAGGCCUUUCCUGAAGAGAACAGCAUAGAGGACACGCCUUCAAAAUGUUACUGCCGUUUGAAAGCCAUGAUCAUGUGCAAGGGAUGUGGAGCUUUCUGCCACGAUGAUUGCAUUGGCCCCUCUAAACUGUGUGUCUCCUGCCUUGUCGUUCGGUAAUGAGACUGGAAAGAGAACACUGUAAAGGAGGCAGGAAGGGAAGGGUUGACAAGAUGUGUUUUUUUGCAUCCUUUUGGAAUCACAGAAAUAAACAGGUUUCAGUUGUCUUAAGAGACAAAUGUUACUUAAUCAGGAAUACAGAGGACAGAUCUUUACAUUUUAGAGGAAGAGCACCUUGUAUAGUAAGUCUGAGUCAAGCAAGACUUUGUGUAUUUGUGACAAGUUUGCACUUACAAAAUCAUGUAAAUAUGUCACAUUUUAACAUUAUUUUUCCAAGUGUUUAGGUAAUAAUGUGUUACUUUGAAUUCAGAUUUAUGUCCCACUUGACGUGACUCUGACAAAAGUUGAAUGCCAUGCAUGGUGAAAGGAAGCUGUCUCCCUUCUGUCCUUUCCUAGGAGGCUAGGAAAAAGAAGGAGUGAAGGAAUGGUCUGGAGAAAUGACCAUUCAUGCUGAUUAUGUCUUGACAGUCUGACUGCAGGCUUUAGUAGAUUAUUCAGCCUUUGCAGGAUUUGGAUUCAGGGUUUACUCAGUCCUUUUACCUUAGAUGGAACCUUCUUAAGUUCAAAUUUUUGAUAGAGUAUUAAUUUCACAAGUAGUGUUUCAGACUCUGAAAGCUCUGGCUUGGUUCUUCCAUAAACCAGAACUCUUGCCAAGCACUGUGCUUGCAAUUUGCGGAUUCCUGCUGUUCCCCAAUCCCAUGCCCCCUGCCCUGAGUCAGUGAAUGUGGUCCAUGAAGAGUAUCCUCUCUGGGCCCCUGUGUUACCAUAGCCUGUGCGGGGCAACAAUUCCAGCAAUAAUAUCCAAGUACUUAAUUAUUUGUGGGAGCUUACAAACAGGUUUGAAAUAGAAGUAUGAAGUUUAACAGAAAAGUGUUACUGAUGGGGUGAUUUGAACUAUGUGUUUUGUUGGGCAAGGGGAGUAAAGGUACAGAAACUGUUAAACUGAACAUAAAGAACCUUGGAAGAUGAUUUUAACACUAGAAACAAGGUAGCCUCUCUUUUCCUCUUCUCUCCCAGCCUGUUACCUAGUACUCUAUAGUCAUAUUGCUGCAGGUGGAAAAGCUCAUUCAUGCCACAUUUGCCCAUUUUGGUAAACCUGUUUUGACCUCCCAGGCAUCUGAGGAGUAUGGAGUAGUCUGUUACACAUGACUUUGAACACACACGUGUGCACACACAGAGUAAAAGUCAGACACUUUUCUGUUUUAGAAGAAUAAGUCCCCUGUUUGGAUUACUACUGUCUAUGCACUAGAAAUUUCUAACAUAAAGGGGCUUCAGUGAAUGGCUAAGAGAACAUCUAGAAAGGAAGAGAAAUUAACUCCAAAGUUUCAUUGUUGUCGUUUGUUUUUGUUUAUUCUUUUUUGUUUCCUUUUUUGUUGUAUUUUUAAUCCUGUCUCUAGUGAUUGAAGAACUUUUGAGUACAUAUAUUUAGGUCAUGGUUAAAGAACUUUAAAAUAAAUCUACAGUUUACCAGAAUUUGGUAUUAAAAAAUCGGGUAUUGUCAAUGUGCAUCAUUUGCAUAUUGAUUUCAAGUUUCCUAAUUUCAAGUGUGUAAAGUAAAAAUAUUACUGCAACCUGGUAUGGUUGUCGUCGUACUUAAUAUUCAGGAUGUGAUAUUUACAACAUGCAGGACUGUGUAAACUUGUUAAGUCACAUUCCAGAUUAGCAUAAACUAGGCAGUAAUAAUCUUUGCUUUGCCCCCAUUCGGCUACCCAUUCCUCCCCACCCUACCCUCCGCAUUAUACACUCUUAAUACUUUCAAACCCCAUAAAAAACUUACUACUUCACUAUUUUUCAUUUUUUGUUUCUGGUUUUUUUGUGGCCCAAGGCAAAUAUAGGAUUAAUAUCUGUGUGCUAGUUUCAGCCAAGACAACAUGAUAUCCUUCUAACUUCCCUUUUCUUCUAGCACACACAUAGGUAAAAGAUACGAAGGCUGCAUGGAUCCAGGGAUAAGGAGUAAGUUCUCUGGCAAGAACCUAUAGGAAACAGAAACCAUGGUUCUGUUCCCAAAUUUGCAGUACCCUGGGUAAUCCAAGGGGGGUUUAAAAAGACCUAUUGCUAGUUAAAACUCUCCAUGGCCAGCUUCUUAACGCCCCACUUUACUGGCAGGACUGAGGGCUGGUCUGCAUGCUAGAAGUGGUUGAGUGUUUCAGAGCUGACCCCGUGCUAAACAUUAAUUACCAAUUUGGAUUGGUCAGUUUUCUUCUUCGCACCUUUCCUGUCGUAGAAAGUCUCUCCUCCAUGGUUCCCUUAAUCUGAAGAUGGACAGACUAACCAGGAAAGGAGGAAAGGCAUCAGGGAUUUUCAAGUCCUUUUAGAGAGCAAACCAUAUUGUGCCUCUGCAUCUUGACCCGGGCUCUUGCAGAUAGAUUCUAAGCAUUACUUUUCACCAGAUUCUCUUAACAAAUAAUACCCAGCUAAUAAAAUAUUUGCGUUUAUGAAUGCCCCUAAAACAGAAGUUGUCAACUAAGUACACUGCCUCAAUGUUGACCAAAUGAGAGAAUAGUUAGAUUUUCUUAGAUUGGUAGUAAGUUGAAUACAAUCCAUUUAUCAAUUUGUUUCAAAACACUGGUUUCAAGUAGAAAGUCAUUCAUCUUAUGAACUGAACACAAAACGAAACAAAACCAUUACAGUCUGGCCCUUUUGCAAAUGAAGCAGUAGGAACAAGAAAAUCUUUAAAUUAUUAGAGUAUGUACUCCAGUACCUUUAAAGCAGUUUUUAUCUUAGGUUUUCAGUUACUUUACCUUGCAAUUCAAUCGGAAAUGUUUCUGAUAAGUGCUAAGCUUAUUUUCAUGGUAUUAAAUUGCACUAUUUCCAGUGACUAGUCAGGCAUUGUGCCUGGUGCUUAUGCCUCUAGGGGAUGCUUCUUGAGCCUUCAGAUACCUUCCACUGAAGGUCCCCUGGGGUAGAUUGCAUUAAGGAUAUAUCAUCUCAUGUUCUAAGUUGUCUAGUAGAGAAGGCUCUCUUGAGUCUUAAAGAAUUUUGAUUAAAAUUCUCCAUCCUAUUAAAAAAUAAAGCCAAAUAACCUGGAGUUGUUUGCCCUACUUCUGUUCGUUAACCCCAAUGCUCAAGAUACUGAAGCUAUCUGUGGUAUCCUAUGUAACGUCCUUAAGAAUAAGAUUUGGCAAAUGGGAAAUUUUUCUUGGGGUAGGGGAAGCAUACUUGCGUGAGCUGGGAAGGCACACAGAUGUAGCUGUUUUAGGAAUUAUCUGAGAUUUAAAUAAAUAGCCAAAGGAAGACCUCAUUGCCUUCCAUGUGAAGGUGUAAAUUCAUACAUAUUAACAACCUGACAUUUACCAUCCUAAUUUCUUACUGUUGCCUUUCUCCACCUUAGAGUCCUUAACUCUUGGGUGAAAUGGCUUGUUAUAAUGAGGAGGUCUUCUCUGGUCAUUGUAUCGCUAUUUAUUUCUAGAACUCACUGUCCAUGAGCAGUGCCAGGAUUGUUUUCUCUGUGACCCAGAGGUUUCACUUCACAGCAAGGAGAGAAAAGUCUCCCUGCUGCAUUACAACAAUGUGCUAAGUAAAAAACUUGGCCAAGGGUAGUUUUCAGCUCAAUUUAUAGAAUAGUCCAAAGAGACUCAGAAACAUGAUGAUAGGCAGGGAUCUUUCCUACCAUGUUUCAAUACCUACAUACCUAUUGAAAGAGAACAAUAGGUAAAACAUUUCCUAAAGUUGAAGUAAGAGCUUCAUAGAUUCUUGGUUACUUUAUUUUUUUUAAUGCUUUACAUUUGAUACAACUAUUAAAGAUCAAUUUUAAAAAUAGCUUUCCAGUAAUAUAUUUUAAGUAAUAUAUAUUUUAAUAUCUAUGUAAAAAUUGACAGUGGAAGACUUUGAAUUUCUCAUAUAUGGUAUGUUUAAUGUAGGACCUCACUGUUAAGGCACAAAUGAUUUCAAAGGAGGUUACUCUAAAGACACUCAGAUUAUUUCCAAAAAACGCAAUAAGGGGAAUGGUUUUGGAGUUUAUUUUUUAUUUUAAAAGAAAGUUGACUUAUUUGCCACAAGCUAUUUUUUUUUCCCUUCUAGCUAUAAGUUUGUACAGACUGGUUUGGUAAAUGAUAAACUUUUGUGUCUUUUGCCUUUUUAAAGGAAUUGUUAACAUUGGAAUUGAGGGUAUGUACAGAGAAGUUGGUGUCAACACCAUUUAAAAAUUCAUAUUUUUUCACAAUAUAGAAAAUCAUUUUACAUAAGAAUUUUAAGUAUUUGCAAUAAAUAUAUGUAUAUAGAUUGUAUGUAUUCAUAUAUUCUUAUUUUUCAUUUUAUUAUUAAGUAAAAGAUAAUUAAAGUGAAAAUAAAAACCUUGGAGCUUUUGGUGAAUUUUGAGGUCUGACAUAUGUCUGAGAGUGUUGUGGGUGAGGGUCCUCAGUUGCCUUAUGCUACUAUUGGAAGAUUACCACAGAUUGUAUAGAAGAGAGUAAAAUGAGGAAUUUGGUGAUAAAUCAGGGUAGCGUAUUUCUUUCAGAACUCGAGUAAAUAUUAAAUUCUCCUAACCUGCUUGUCUCUAUGUUUUUCCUCUUGAACUGUUGUGUCUCCUAACCACCUAAUGUUACUGGGAAAGUAAAAAAUAAACAAGAAGCCACAGUACAUUCUUUAUUUCAAUGUGCCCAUUGUUUGCUUCUAAAACAAAGAAUGGUGAGAAAAUAUCUCAGUGGAAAAGACAGGUUUUCCUUUCUCCACAGUGGUUAAUAAUUCAUUAGCAAGCAUUCACUGCCACCACCUUCCAGGCUGUAGAGGUAUGUGAAGAAAUAGUCUCAUGAAGAUAAUAGAAAACUUUUUCUGUUUCCCAAUUCUUCUCUGAGAAGUGAGUUUCGUAGCCAGUUUUAUGUCCUUCCUGAUUGAUCUGGAGAGGUAGAAGAGCUAAGAGAACUUGAGUUUUCAUCUCCCUAGUGUCAGGAAGGGCAUUCAUGGAAAUGACAGAACCAGUUGUUAGGAGGGGUUAUUUGUCCCGAGUCCCAUAUCUAGAGAUAAUCGGGAAUCCUGCUGUCCAAGAGAAGAAAUUUUGUGGUGGAAAUACUUGGUCUUAGGAUAUGGUUGAGCAAGCAAAAUGAUACCUAAAUAGUCUUUGGAAAUAAAGGAUAUAUAGCCCAUUGUUUAAAAAUGCAUAAUAUAUAGAUUUAUUAAUGACCUGAAAGAAAAAUUAGUAAGGUCAGAAUUUCAAGAAUGUGUCUUAAUGACCCAUGAAACUGACUUUAAUUGUAGUUCACUAGUUCUCCCCAUUAUUGCUCAGCUGUGGUUAUUUUCAUUGAUAAGAAUAACAUUUUGGGAAUUAAUAAGGAUACAUAGAAUGCAUUUCAAAAGACAACCUUAUUAUUUUUCAAAAAUUUCAAACAUCAGUGUUGCCCAAAGACAUGGAAGAUAGUUUAGCCGUCCAAGAGAACAGCACUCUAAGUUGUUGCUGAAGAUACACUAGUUCUAAAGGAAAUUUAAGUCUCAGGGAACAUGUGCAUCUUCAUAAUUCCCGUAUAUAAUAGGAAUGAAGGUGGAAUACUUAUGUGUGUGUGAACCAGUCCAUAAUGACCAUUUGCAAGAACACAGAUGCCCAUGUCUAGUACAUAUUUAACAUUAUUUAAAUAGGCCUCCUACCUCACUGGAAGUAAAAUUCAUAUUCAGGUAAUGACAUAGGAAUCUAAAGGUAGAGAAGGUCUGCAGUUGAGUGAGAAAGAGCAAUAUACCAGAACACAAACAGCUUCAGCAUGGAUCCCCAAUGUUCAUUUAUUUACAUCUUAGAGUCUUAGAAACCUGUGGUCACUGCUGUUGAUGCUACGUGAUCACAAGUGGUCUUCACCAAUCAGAGAUUUGCAUAACGUUUGUAGCUGUUGUGUACAAAUCAUGUUAUUCACUACAAAUAUUUAUUGAGCACCACUAUGUGCUAAGCACUGUGCUAAAGUUCUGGUUAUGCAAGGGUGAACAAAAGCAACCAUGUGCGUUGUAAAAGGUCUUCCUAAAGUAGUAACCAUGCAGCAUGUGUCUAGUUCAGGGCUCAAGGAGUAAUAUAUGCUGCAUAUUCCCCAAGUCAUGUUGGAUAAGAUUUACCUUUUUUGAGAACUAUCAUUGGAAGAUCUAGAGUUAAUAGAAAUUUCAGGAAAUCUCUUGGUAAAAAUCUAAAUGGAAGAGAAAGAAUCAGGCCGAAAGCAAUCCCUUUCGAUUAAUUCUGGUCAGUAUGUCAGUAAAGAUGCUUUAUCUUAUGUUCAACUAAUCAUCUCAAAUAACAAUUGGGUAAAUGGUGCAGCUGUCUUGUCACUGUUCAAACCCAAAAGCUUAAACGGAGUAAAAAAAACCUUGAUUUUCAUCUUGUAGUCUGGUGAGAAGGCAGUGUAUCCCUAAAGAGGUGUUGCAUCCCUGUAUUUCCUCCAUAAUGGAUAAAAUUACUUUAGUGUUCUAUUUUAUUCUAAUAAUCUAAUAGAAUGGGCUUUUUUUCCAUCUCUAAGUCACAGAACUUGAAUUACAAGAGGCUUUAGCAAGACCCUAGCCUUUUUUAGUGGCCUAAACCCUAAUUCUUAGUUGAAGACUUUCUGGUAGAAAGAUUUUAGAAAGAUAAAUCAUUGUAUUUUGUUGGUGCUUGCUCUGUAAUUUUCUUUACUGUUUAUCUUUAACCUGGAUUAUUGGAUUUGCAACUUAAAUUCUGUAUGCCAAAAUAUCCAUGUUCACCUUUUAGCCAAAGAGGUAUUAGGUGUAUUCCACUAUGUAGUAGAGUCUCAACUGUCCAGGAAGUAGGAGAGUGGAUAUUUUAUAUUUUCUUAGUGCUUGGUAACCUUAAACAGCAGGUUGGGUUUCUUUCAUAGAGACUAUAAACUAAGGAAUCUCUAUACCUCCAUGUAGCUUUCAGUUGUAACCUAAAAAGAGAAUCCCUAGAAACAUUUCCUUACCAUGAAAGGACAGACUGAACCUGGAAGGGAGACCAGAGAUGAUCAGCUGUGGAGAUGAGCUGUGACUAGAUAGUGGGUCCUCCUGAAGAAUAACUUCAAACUCAAUGUUCCUGGCUCUUCAAGCUCAAAAGAAGCUAAAGGGAAUUUUAAAAAUGUAUCCUGAUUUUCAUCUUGACUGCAAAACUUAGAGAAUGCCUAGGGGAGAAGAAAGGUAAACCCAAGGUUGGAUUUAAAAUAGAUUUAAGUAAACUAUGAAUUAAUCUUUUACUGAUUUUUUUUUUUAGGUUUUGGGUUCACAUAAUACAAUGUUGAAUUGUCAUGAGUGUAUUAUGAAAUUUGAUUUGAGACGUUUGGGGCUGAGUAAUGGUUUUCUAUUGAAUAUCUAGUGGGAGCUUUUGCUGCAGAUCGGGUUUUAGGGUUGUGCAUCUGUGUUAAGUGGUGCAAACGUUGGCUCAUAAAUGCUAUUAAACCAAUGUGAGUCAACACAAUUUUAUUAACUUUAAUCAUGGAUCUUUUUAAAUAUUUAAAAUUCAGAUUAGCCCAAUAAAAAAGCAAUGUAUUAAAGGUUAUCAAAAUAUCUGAACAUACUUUAGAACUAUUAUUUCACACACAGCCUAUGUCCUUCCUAUGGAAAGUCUAGUACAUAAAAUUUUACGUUUCUGGGGUCAGUUCUUUGCAAAAACUAGUGUCUAAUGUUUUCAGAUACCUCGAGCUUGGAAAUGAUAAAGUUGGACUUUGACCCUAAGUAAGUGAUUCUUUUCAUUUUAGGUUUUCAGGCAGUAAUAAUAUGAAGACUUCAGUCAUGACCCUAGCUGAACCUAUAUGUAAUCACUUUGCACAAGCUUUAAAUUAAUGAAACUCUUCCAGUCUUGCAAAUUUGGUUUCCCCUUUGUUGCAUAAGGGGAUAGAUUCUGGGCUGGGUAGGACCUGAUAAUUUGUUCUCUGAUGAUAAACUACUGAUUGAAGGGCGAGUUUGUUCUUAGAGAAUUCAUGAAAUUUCUAGAAUCCAUGAAUGAUCUAGAGUACAUGACAAAUGAAACUCUAGAAAUUAAAAACUUUUCUGUUAGCCGUAAGUGCUAUGACCUAUUUUUUUAAACCCCAUCUUAACUCAGUGACUGCAUCACACCUUAAGACUUUUACCAGCAUCAAGAGAAAUCAGAAUGGAAGAAAUGACCUUGGGUUGGUGGUGUUCACUUUAAAAUCUUUGUGCACAUAGGCCUUAGCACUUUGACAGAUAAAACUCUGCCUUUUAGCUCCUUCUCACUAUUGUCUUUAUUCCUCUCACUUUUAAAUUGUUCCUUUUAUUGGUCGUAUAAAACUACCUUCUUCAGAAUUGAAUGUAUAAUAAUGUUUCUGCACAUGGACAAAGUGUAUUUUAUCUUAGAGUCAUUUUAUGUUGAAUAAAGGCAUACAGUUUUA